ACAGCAAAAACACACCAGACUUUGAACAGUCAGAGUGUCCCAUGUUUUCAGUGUCACAAGACUACAUUGGUGAAGUGGUCUAUAUCUUUAAACAGGACUGUGAUGGCCAUGUCACCAGGCCUCAAACUGGUGCUCUUUUUUCUCCUUUCCUGUGGACUCCUGAACUCCUAUCCAUUUGAUUCUUGCCCAGAUUUUUGCACUUGUCAGUCAUUUUUAGUUCUAAACUGUUCAUCUGCUGGGCUCUUUUUGGCACCACCAAAUAUCGACACUUCAAUAUCUGAACUGGACUUGUCUAACAACCAGCUGGGAACUUUAACUUUUCAAACAAAGUAUUACAAUCUACAAAAAGUAUGGCUCGGGAACAACAGUAUGACACAUCUGUCCCUUUGUGUGGAUACGGUUUUAAAGGGCCAGUCCAAGUCCAAAUUGAGAAGGAGAUGGGGCUGUAUGCUCUGGGCCCCCACUCUGCAGCUGCUAUCUGUGAAAAUGAACCAGCUUGAGAAAUUACCUGAAGGUUUGGGACAACAGACGUCUUUAUGGAUUCUUGACCUUUCCUUCAACAAAAUCUCCACAUUGGAACAAAAAGAUUUCUCUCAUCUUAAACUAUUGCAAGAGCUCCAUCUUCAACAUAAUCUCAUCAGUAGUCUUCAUCCACAAAUAUUUGAGCAUCUUGAUAGACUUAAGGUUCUUGAUCUCAGCUUCAACCUGUUGACCACCCUCCAUCCUAUAACAUACAUAUCUCUCCAUCACAUUGGUGCAGAUGUUGGUUUGAGAGGAAACAGCUGGAUAUGUGACUGUGGCAUGUGUUUCCUACAAAGGCAGAUGGUCCAUGACAGCAGCAAAGGCCUGAAGACAUGGAGUAUUGAAUGUGCUUCCCCUGUGGCUUUGUCUGGGAUAAACCUAAAGGGGUUGGACAAAGACGAUCUGGAGUGUGAUGAUUCAGACAUAUACCAAGAUGUAACUGUCCACAAAGGAUCAGAGUUACUGUUGGGAUGCUCGGAACCAGAUGCAGCAUGGUGGACACCCAGGGGUCAAAUAAUGCGGAGCCAAGAACUGGACAGUCUCCUUCUCACUGACAUCACAGAAGAGGAUGAAGGACUAUAUGUAUGCCUUUCAAAAUCACACCAAAUUGUAUCUAUCUAUAAUGUACAAAUCCAUGAGCAAAACAGAAGUAUUCGAAGUGUGUCCGAUGACAAGAAACCUCCAACUUUGAAUAAAAUGGGUGAAACAAGAAAUACAGUCGAUCGCUUUGCCCUGGCCGUAAGCUUGUCAGUCAUAAUAACCUUCAUAAUUGCUUUCAUCCUUGGAGUCUUACUUCAACCUUAUAUUUGUGCUUGUUGGCAAAAGACCAAAACUAGGAAACAAAAACCCCAAACUAACUCUGUGUCCAAAGUCCAGCAAGAACAAUACGUCAACGAGGCAUACUUACAUUGUGAGGACGUUGAUGAUUUUGAAACACAUCGUGAAAGACGAGUGACUUUUACUCAAUAUACAGAAGAUGAGAACAUGCAGUAUUAUGAUACUGUAGCUGGGGAUGCACAAGAAGGCAAUAGGGAAGUGAUGAGGCCGGGUAAAGCUAAUUCAGAUAGCUCAGAUGAUUCAGGUAGCGAAGAUAUUAAGUAUGAUCACAAAAAUGGCAAUCGUUCAGGCAAGAAAAUUAGGUUUGAAGUAAUCCCACAUUCAACUGAGAGAAAUAGUUUGUCAUCACAAUCUUCAAAAUCUUCAGUAGGUGACAAAAUAUUGAAAGAGAAUAAUUCUACACCUAAUACAACUUCAGCCAUUGAGGAGCAAAUCCAAAAAACAGCCACUGAUAUACCACAGAUUUCAAAUGAGAAGUCCGGUGAAAUACCAGGCUUUAGUUCUGAGCCAUUUGCUGAUUGGUCACCUCAUGGAAACAACCUCAACACUUUAGACCCUGAUCUUGACAGUGGCGAACUAUUUGAAUAUAGCGACUCAGUACGAAGCGGAUCUCCAAUAUCACCAAAUAAUUCCCUCAAGCAACCAAUUUUAAAUGUGGCAUUGGUUAAUAAAGAUAUUAGUCUUAAGUCAUCUAGCUCAAGUUCAGAUAUUAGUGAUAGUGAACCAACACAUUACACUGUAAAUCCUGAUUCAGAGGAGGAGACAGGAGUUUUUGAAAAGAGGGCAUCAACUAAAUCAUCUUCCUCUAGUAUUGAAAGUGACAUAGACAAACAUGAUGUAGUGGAGAACUGGCCUGUAGUAGACCUUGAACAUAUUCCUUCCAUUAAACGACGAUUGAUUUUUAAAAAUGUAUUUGUGGAGUCAUACAUCAUGGAUAUAGCAAUGAAAAAUAAAUUGCAACAAGAACAAACUUUACCUGUAAAGCAAGAACCUCCAACUAUUAAGAAAAGAAGAGCACCACUUCCACCACCUCGCAAACUCUCCAGUAGCAGUAGCGACAGUGAUGAAAUUGGGAAAUUCAAACCAGAAAAAGUGCAGUUAGAGACUAAUAAUUUGAAAGAGGUACAUUUGGAGCAAGAAUUACUCUGGCCUGCGAUAAAUCUUCUACACGUGGGUAAAGUCAAAAGGCGCCUAAAUUUCAAAGCAUUCUCUAGCAGUGAUAGCGAAGACAAAAGGAUCUAUGAAGAAAUAAAGGAGCAAACACCAAUAUAUUCAAAGCAAGAAUUUACCAAGACAACCACAUCUGAAUUUAAACAUGCCUCUUGUACAUCCUCAAGUAGUGAAAGUGAAGAUGAACGAGAAAACAAAGAGAUCAAACAUAACCAAGAUAAUAUACACCUUGUAAUAUCGCACAAUAAACAACCAACUGUGAAGUUGGAACAAGAGUCCCAGUGGCCAGCGGUAAAUCUUGCAAAAAUCCCUGAAGUUAAACAACGCUUAGAUUUUAAGGAAAAAGUAAAUGAAAAAGUGAUGCACAUGCAUGAAAAUGUACCAAAAGUCAUUACAAAAGCCCCAAAACUAGAGUCUGGGACCUCUUCAAGCAGUGAAAGUGACGAUGAACAUGAAACAAAGGCGGUCCAAGAAAAUUAUUAUGAAAAUAUUCAACAGGUAAUAUCUCAGAAAAAGCCACUGAUUGUGGUCCAAAAACCACAGUGGCAAAUGAUAGAUUUAUCAAAAAUCUCAAAAGUUAAAAGACGUUUAGAUGUGAGACAUGUUAUGCCAACUCUUGACACAGUAUCAAGUAGUGAUAGUGAAGAAGAACAUGUAUAUGAAAAUGUGCAAGGAAAGGUGCCAACAGGAGUAGUGCUGAGACCAGAAACUCAAACCUCCUCUAGUAGCGAGAGUGAGGAUGAACGAGAAAUAAAAGUUCACCAAGAAAACCUACAACAAGCAACAACUCCCAUCAAACCACCUACAGUGGGAAAACCUGAUCUCAACUCCAAAUGGCCAGUGAUCGAUCUCGCUCGAUUACCAAAAGUUAAACGACGCUUAGAUAUCACAGAAAGGAUAAAUGCGGUGCCAAAAAGGAUGCCUUCGGAAAGAGCUGGUGCUAAACCAGAUUCUGAGACUUCAUCAAGCAGUGAGAGCGAAGAUGAACGAGAAAUAAAAAUAAAACAGCAUCAGGAGAAAAUUCAAAUGGUUACAUCUCCAAAUACUCAGUGGCCACUGAUAGAUCUGGUAAAAAUACCCAAGGUUAAACAACGUCUCGACAUAAAGGAAAGAGAACAGUUGAAAAGGAUACAAGUGACAGAAAGAGUACCAUCAGCAGUAGUUAAUGUGCCAAAAUCAAAAUCUGAAACCUCCUCCAGCAGUGAGAGUGAAGAAGAACAAGAUAUCAAAGUGAAUCAUUAUAAAAAUAUUCAGCAGGUAACAUCCCAAACAAAGCAACCCACUACUACAUUAGAACCAGAAUCCCAGUGGCCAGUCAUCAAUCUUUUGAAAGUACCUAAACUUAAACGUUGCUUAGAUAUCAAAGAAAGAGUAAAGGUGACAAAGGGGCCAGAAAGGCUCCCAUCAAUAACUGUCAAAGUCCCAAAAGAAGACUCUGGGACCUCCUCCAGCAAUGAGAGUGAAGAAGAACAAGAAAUCAAAGUAGAUCAUUAUGAAAUUAUUCAGCAGGUAACAUCCCAAACAAAGCAACCAACAUUACAACCAGAAUCCCAGUGGCCAGUCAUCAAUCUUGUGAAAGUACCUAAACUUAAACAUCGCUUAGAUAUCAAAGAAAGCGUAAAGGUGACAAAAGGGCCAGAAAGGGUCCCAUCAACAAGUCUAAAAGUCCCAAAACAAGAUUGUGGGACCUCCUCCAGCAGUGAGAGUGAAGAAGAACAAGAAAUCAAAGUGAAUUAUCAUGAAAAUAUUCAGCAGGUAACAUUGCCAGCAAAGCAACCCACUACUACAUUAGAACCAGAAUCCCAGUGGCCAGUCAUCAAUCUUGUGAAAGUACCUAAACUUAAACGUCGCUUAGAUAUCAAAGAAAGAGUAAAGGUGACAAAAGGGCCAGAAAGGGUCCCAUCAACAAGUCUAAAAGUCCCAAAACAAGACUCUUGGACCUCCUCCAGCAGUGAGAGUGAAGAAGAACAAGAAAUCAAAGUGAAUUAUCAUGAAAAUAUUCAGCAGGUAACAUCGCCAGCAAAGCAACCCACUACUACAUUAGAACCAGAAUCCCAGUGGCCAGUCAUCAAUCUUGUGAAAGUACCUAAACUUAAACGUCGCUUAGAUAUCAAAGAAAGAGUAAAGGUGACAAAGGGGCCAGAAAGGGUCCCAUCAACAAGUCUAAAAGUCCCAAAACAAGAUUGUGGGACCUCCUCCAGCAGUGAGAGUGAAGAAGAACAAGAAAUCAAAGUGAAUUAUCAUGAAAAUAUUCAGCAGGUAACAUCGCCAACAAAGCAACCCACUACUACAUUAGAACCAGAAUCCCAGUGGCCAGUCAUCAAUCUUGUGAAAGUACCUAAACUUAAACGUCGCUUAGAUAUCAAAGAAAGAGUAAAGGUGACAAAGGUACCAGAAAGGGUCCCAUCAACAACUGUCAAAGUCACAAAAGAAGACUCUGGGACCUCCUCCAGCAGUGAGAGUGAAGAAGAACAAGAAAUCAAAGUGAAUCAUUAUGGAAAUAUUCAACAGGUAACAUCUCCAACAAAACAACCAACAUUACAACCAGAAUCCCAGUGGCCAGUCAUCAAUCUUGUGAAACUACCAAAACUCAAGCGACGUUUGGAUAUCAAAACAGCUACUGUUGCUGCUUACUUGUCUUCUAGCAGCAGUAAUAGUGAAGACGAGCAAGUACAUGUGACGCAAGGAAAACUCGCAUCAUCAUCUAUCAAUGUGAAAUUUGAGUCUGGGACCUCCUCCAGCAGUGAAAGUGAUGAUGAAUACAAAAUCAGAGAAAUUAAACAAGAUAAUCUGCUGGUAACAUCACAAAGUAAGCAACCAAUUGAAUCAGAAUGGCCAGUAAUCGAUCUUGUCAAACUACCAAAAGCGAAUCGUCGCUUAGAUAUCAAAGAAAGAGUAACUGUAAAAGCAACGCAAAUGCCAUCAACAAGCAUCAAAAUCCUAAAACAAGACUCUGGGUCCUCUUCCAGCAGUGAAAGUGACCACGAACAAGAAAUCAGAAUAAAUCAUCAGGAGAUAGUUCCUCCAACCAAGCCACCAACUGUUGACUCUCAGUGGCCAGUGACUGAUCUGGUGAGAUUACCUAAGGUUAAACGACACAUAGAUAUCAAGAAAAGAGAAAAUGUUAACGUGUCACAGGUACCAUCAGCAAUAGUGCAGCAACUGGAAAGGUACCCAUCGACAAAUACCAUAUCAAAACCUGUGUUGGAUACAUUGUCUAGUAGUGAAAGUGAGGAUGAAAAUAUUCAAAAGGUUGGUGUGAAUAUCCUUGGGUCUAAAGUAGAAUUUCAAAAGCCAUGGCCAAUAGUAGAUUUUGGAGGCAUUACUCAAAUCAAGAGACAUCUAGACUUCAAAAUACCAACACAAUCUCUUCCAUUACCUGUUCCAUCCAGUGGGGGAUCUAUUCAAACAUUAGUUAGAUCAUCUUCAAGCAGCUCAGAUGAGGAGAGAAAGAGUACCCAAAUUUCAGCAGAACAGACUACAAAACUUCCCAGUCAAACAAAUAUUGGUAUACCUUAUAUCAGCAGACGUCUUGAUAUCAAAGGACCAUCCAUGAAGCCUGGGCAAGACUCUGAAUCAAGCUCCUCCAGUGACAACGAAAAGGACAAACCUAAGCUUUCAAGUGGAUCUCUAAAAUAUCAAGAAAACAAAGAUUUUAUUAAAGCCUCUCCAAUAUUAACCGUACUUCAUAAUCCAUCAAAAACGACCAAAAGUAUAGAGCUAGAAAAGUAUACAGUUGUUACUGAUGAUAAAGCUACAAGUGAUAGUACAUCACCAGUGGUUGCACCAGAGUUACAAUCAAAAUGGGCCACCAUGAAUCUUGGAGUUUCACGAUUUCGAAAACGUCUUGAUAUAACAAAAACAACUGAUCCACCAUCAUUGCCUUCAUCUCCUCCUCCUACUUCCCCUUCACAAGGUAACCUAAUCACUGGUACUGGUAUGUUAAAGGUGACAGAGCAAGUAUAUGUUGCACCAACAAGAGAGCAAAAUGUUGAUAACUCUUCAAGUAGUGAAAGUGAUGAUGAUUCAAAGUUGCAAGGCAAAUCUGCAAUGGCUGUGCUGGAUUCAGUGUCUCAAGUUGGCCUGAGUAGCUUGUCACAAGAUAUAAGAUCUUUAAAUAUUAAAACAGUACAGUACAAACAUUCAAGCAGUAGUAGUGAUGAAGGCACAGUGGACAUGAGGGUCCCUGAUUUAAGACUGGGUAUACCGCAAAUUAAAAGGCGUCUAAAUAUCAAAGCACCCACUCCACCUCCAAGUUCUUCAAGUAGUGAUGAUGAAAAACUUUAUGCACACACAUUUCCUGAUGUGACCGACCAGCGCAGCAUUGAAUACAAGCGUACAAUUAUGAAAAGUUCUUCUUACGAUUCUUACACUUCAAAACGUGAAAUGUAUAGAGAAGCACUGCAUGUUCAAAGCAAUCCUCAAACACCAAAAAAGUUGAGUUUGGAUAAUAUCAAAAGAAAGUUAUUGCCUUCAAAACAACAGGAAUUGCCUCCAAAUUUGAGGUGGACCAGCGUGGGUAGUCAUCUUUCAGAGCAUCCACUACCUAUUCCAAAAAGACAACAAGAUGGUUAUACAUCACCCCCACCUAUGUCUUCACUUCCUCCAAUAUCAAAAGAUAAUUCCUCUGAUUCCUCCAGCAGCGAGGAUGAACAAAAAGAGGUAAAAGCAGCUGUGAUUGUGACCCAAAAAACCUACAAUCCUAGGAGUGUGACUUUUAAUACGUCCCCCACAAUUUUGAACAGUGCAACAUUUGAAAGUAAGUCUGAACGAAGAGGUCUCAGUGCACUAAAGGCAAUGUCGUCUGAUCGGAAAAACUGGGACUCCGAAUAUGAAACUUUUACAGAAUCGGCUCCUGUUAGCGUUGACUAUACUCCAGAAGUUAACACUGUCUAUAGAAGGACAGUAGAAGUCAAAACUAAAAUAUCACAAGCACAAACUUACAGUACAGUUUCGCCUAAAUCAGAUGAAAGAAGGCUUGCAGACAUGUUGUAUGGGAUUCCUAGCUACAAAAGGCAUACAAUUAAAUCUACUGAGCUACCCCAAGGCCCUCCACCCCCUGUCCCAUCAAGUCCCUUGCCAGAUGAGGGGAACAUAGAUUUUACAUGGAGGUCCCCACAGGCCAGUCUAAGCAGAGGAACUUUAAGUUACCGGCAGCAAAAGACGACUGAAGAAGAAUCAGUAGAUGACCCAUUUUAUGACAACCCAAAUAUUAGUGCUGUUUGAAAGGAGGGAGGUAGGGCAGGGGGUCAGUUGUCGCGGGUCAAUUUAUUUUCCAUCAGAAGGGGACCUAUGUUAGCCUUCUUAUUUAAGGCCUCAAACAGUCUGUUGACUUGACUGUUUUUAUUGAGUCAAAUUAUACUGAAUAAAAUGUAAAUGUAAAACUAUGGAAAAAAAAAAAAAAAAGAUACUACUGGCCUACUUACUAUUAAUAUUAUGUGUUGUAAUGUACUAAGCAUAAAAGUAGGUUAUGUUCAGUACAUAGUAGUUAUGAUUAAAUAAAAGCUAAGUUAAAAAAACAAAAACACACACAAAAAAAAAGUUCUACAUGUGUGAUAUACAUUUUGUCAACUCUUGGUUUUCGA